AUGACGGGAGCCGGUAUAUCGACAUCGUAUGUUUGUUCUCACUUGACAUUACGUUAGAUGCUGAAGAAAUGUAUAAAAGAUUCAGUUUUGAUCAGAGAUCCAUCAGUUGCUCAUUUGGUAGCCAGGAAAUCAAACCAAAAAUCAAAAUGAAACUUAUCGUAGUUCUGUUCGCUCUGGUGGCAGUAGCUAUCGCCGCUCCUCCGGAGCCACCGAAGAUCUUGCGCAGCAACUUUGACCAGGAACCUGAGGGUGGAUACUCGUUCAACUUUGAAACCGAGGAUGGCAUUUCUCGCAACGAAAAUGGAGAGUUGAAGCAAGCUGUAGACGAAGAGAACAAGCCUCACAAUGUGGUUGUAGUGCGUGGAUCCUACACAUACACAAACCCUGAAGGAAAGCCCGAGACUGUUAACUACUACGCUGACGAGACCGGCUUCCACGCCGAAGGGGAUUCUAUUCCAAAACCUGCAAGAAAGUGAACAGUGAACGUUAUUUCGAUUAUCUACAGUGUUCUAUUAGUUGAUAAUCGAUGAUCUCGAACAAUUGUAUAUGUAUAAGUUCGGUCUAUCACCGGAUGAAUUUGCGAAUACCAAGUAUUAAUUGCCUUAAACUUAACAAGGCAUAUUGUAUGAAAUAUUUUGUUUUAAAUAUAACAUCCACUGCCAUAUUUUUUAUGUUUUUAUAUGUUUUAUAAUGAAAGUGAAAUAAAAAUCUGUUUGAUAUUA